UAUGGAUAUGUGUGUUCAGAGAAUAUUCAUGCCAAGGUGAUAACAGUAACGUCAAAUUACCAAAAGAAAGAGGCUUGAUUGUAACACUUCUUGACAGAAAUACCCCUACACACGCCGUCAUUCGUCAUAUACCGAUCUUUCUUGGCUACGAGAAUUUUAAUGGAUCUAUACCAGGAAUUAGGAUUACGUCACGUGGCAGAACUCACGUGCUCAGUAUUGACGUCGACUAUAGAAGUAAAGAGUUCUUCAUGUACGAUUACCAUCUUGGAUCUAUAAUAAUGGGAACUGGAUACCACAAAGAGCUGAAUGCAACCAACAUUGACCUACACACUUUGCAUAUGGGCGUGUCCAAAGGCACAGUACAAAUUGCAUAUGAUUGGCUCUCUAAAACGGUUUAUUGGACGGAUUCCUUGUAUCGAUGGAUUAUCGCCGCCCCGACGGACAUGGGAAAAAUUAUGAACGACUACUAUAAGAUCAUAGUUGAUGAUCAUCUAGAUUUUCCAGACGGAAUAGCGGUUGACCCAAAGAACGGAUACCUAUUUUGGUCCGACAACGGGGUGCAUCCGAAAAUAGAGAGAUCUGAUUUGGAUGGUAAGAACAGACACACAAUAAUAACAAAACAUCUGAAGUCUCCGUCAUCGAUCAAAGCAGAUAUAUUUGACAAGCGUAUUUACUGGAUAGAUUCCCUCAGUGAAGACAUUCUUUCCGCAACUUACGAGGGCCGGGACAUAAAAAUGAUUGCUAGAAUAUCGAGAUCUGUACUUUUUGAUAUAGCUAUAUACAAGAAUGUUGUGUAUGUGUCGGAUAUUUACAAUUACGACUUAUACACAUUGAACAAAACUACCGGUAGACAGCAGUCAACGAUUGUCCAAAUUCCAGACGAAACAGUUUAUGGCCUGGCAGUCUAUGGCGAAGAAACGCAGCCACUAAAGGACAAGGAUUAUUGUGCUAUAAAGAACUGCGACCAACUUUGUAUCACUGAACAGUCUGGUGCAAAAUGCAUAUGUUCCGAAGGAUAUAUAUUCAAUACAACAACGGGAUUAUGUCAGGAGUCAAAUGCUCAAUUUCACAAAGCUGUUGUAUUUUCAAAUUCAACACAUAUUUGUCUCAUGGACUUAAGAGGGCUCGCCCACGACGCUUACGGCUUAGUUUGCAGAUUCAAUGUUUUAACACCACCUUCAAGUGCUUCUACAACUUCACCAGUUCCAUCAUCAACAUCAUCUCCUUCCGUACCAACAGCCUCACCGAAUGACCUCAUCAAGAUGAUAGAACUGGAUGUUGACAACAGGGUUAUAUAUUUCGCUACUGGAGACAAUAAGAUAUAUAGAAGACCAGUUGAUUUGCCAAUAGAAAAUGGUGCGAAAGAGCUUAUAAAAGAUGCGCCAGGAAUAAUAAGUGGAUUGGCAUAUGACCUUAAAUAUUCACCAAAUCUAUACUGGUCAGAGUCGGACACAAACAAUAUAUGGUACGUGGACACAUCAACAUUAUUUUCAAACAGGAUAUUCACCGGCGGACAGAAUACCCUCGUUAAACCGAGGGACAUUAUUGUUCUCCCCAAUGAAAGAAGUUUGGCAUGGGUAGCAGGCAAUCAAGGGAAUGUGUCUAUUCAGAUGAUGACGAUAACUGGGCAGAAUCUUCGCACAGUUAAAGCCAACCUACCAGAGGUCGUUUCCAUGGUUUAUGACCACGAGGCACGGGUGUUUUACUUCGUUUCAAACAACAAAUUAUACAAGGUAGCGCUAAAUGGGACGGAGAUAAGCCAAUAUCCUUUAGAAAAUCCAAAUGUUUAUUUAAUUCUCCAUUACAACAAUUAUUUAGCUUGGAUUUACACAAAUGCUGCGCUUGGAUAUGUCAUUAAAACAAAGGAUUUGAUAACAAACACCACAGUCACGCAUAGAAUCCUUAGCAGAACAUCUCUGUACAACAGCAUGAAAGUUCUUGAUACCAAUCUAAAACUACCAAGCUCAAGUCCCUGUGCAUUCAUGAAUGGCGGAUGUGAACAAGUCUGCAUACCGACGUACUCAGGUGACAUCAUGACUAAAGUCUGUGACUGUUCCCUAGGUUUCAAGCUUGAGAAAGACGGUCUCACUUGUCGAUCAGACCUCACUAUGGAUAACUUUCUGCUAGUGACAGAUUGGACAAAUACAGCCUUACAUCAGAUAGAUUUGUCAACCGGUGGAAUUAAUUCUAUAUAUAACAAGGAAAACACUAUUUACGUGGGAAUGUACUACGAUGCACCGGCUGGUAGGCUGAUAUGGACUGAAUAUCGCCGCAGAUUCGUUUAUAGUUCGAAAUUGGACGGAAGCUACCCGAGAACGAUUGGUGAUAUAGGUGAUGCAUACCCCUACCGGAUGGACAAAGAUACGACAACAGGUAACCUGUACUAUACAACGAUUGGAGGAAACGACCACAUUGGCGUGCUGACACCUUCCGGGAUAAAUAAAGUGCUUCGUAGAAAAAAGGCGAGAGAAAUACUUGGGGAUAUAGUUGUUCACCCAGAAAAGGGCUGGAUGUUUUAUACUAUUGUUGCCACAGUAUCAUAUAUAGCACGUGCUAACAUGGAUGGGACAAAUGAAAGGAAGAUAAUCAUCGGUAAUCACGUGACCGUGCCUGAUGGGUUAACCAUUGACUUUACUAACAACACACUUUACUGGUCGGACGCCGCCAACGAUACAGUUCAACGUUGUAACUUUGACGGUAGGGAAUGCGUUACAUUAGUAAAUAGAACUGGUACAUACAAGCCAGAAGAAAUAAGAGACCUUGUCACCGACGGGGAAUUUCUUUACUAUUCAUCGUAUUUACGAGACCAUGUAGUUCGUGUAGAUAUAAAAGCACCAAAUGUAACCAAAAUAGUAGGACAGAACCCCAGCCUCGGAAAACUUGAUACAAUGGUAUUAUACAGAAAGACCAGCAAAAACAUACAACCCAUCAAUGAAGCUUGCAAAGCUCGUAAAGGUCUUGGAGACUGUAGUACUAUUUGUUUACCAACUGAAACUGGUAGAACGUGCUCUUGUGAAGAUGGCGUGCAACUUAAAAUGGACGGCAAGACUUGUUCACACAUAUACCAGUGUUCGGAUGUGAUCAGUCAGAAAAUCCCAACGACACGUGGUAAAGAAACAAUUGAUGUAGUAAUAAACCGCACGUGCAAUCGCUAUCUGAACGACACUUGUUCAUACAGUUGUCCGGCAUUUUACAUUCCUACCAGAACUUCAAAAUUAAUACUUAAAUGCACAAAUGUCGGAUGGGAUAGGGAAACUGAACCGCUUUGUAAAGAAUUAGUUUGUCCAGUCCCGGGAUCAAACAUUAAAAUUGUCGGAAAGUGCAGCAUGAGACCAGGUGAUGCCUGUAGCUUUGAAUGUGACAGUGGACAUAAAAAGACUACAGACAAGAUCUUGUGCGACAAUAAUUUGAAUUGGUCUCCUAAACAGAAAUGCAUGGAGUCAGCAACCGUAUCAGUGUCCCAAGCACAGUCUGGUGGAGUGCCAGUAGGCGGGGUUGCAGCCAUUGUCGUGGUUCUGGUGGUAAUCAUUAUCGCCCUUGUUGUCAUUGUUGUGUUCUUUCUUCUUCGAAGGAGAAGGACACAACGGCAGUCUACAUCUAGUGCGGCGCAGUUCCAUAACGGUCAAGACGGUAGUAUUGCUAUUGAAAACCCAGGUUAUAUUCCAACUGAACCGUCUACAACUUCCAAUCUUGAUGAGCAUCCUUAUUCAACUGUAGACCCAAGUCAUGUUCAACUAGGGGGUGUAGCAGACAAACUACCGGAAGUUUCGCAUGUCACUCACGAUACAGCGGUUCUCACACUAGACUCAUGGAUGAAAGAACAAAGACAAAAGGAUAAUUGAACUGGAAUGUGAUGAAAGACAAAUGAACAAUUGAUACUGGAAUGUUAGCACAUAGAUCUUGCUGUACCAGAUCGAACAUGUUAUGAAUAUAUUUGGUCAACUGUGUUUAAGGUGAUUAUAAGACGCAUAUAUGUUUUGGUGUAUGUAACAAAGCACUUCAGUAAGGUUGUCUUCCUGACUUAUACCUGAAAAAAAUACGUGAAAUAAAGUAAAUUGCUCAACUGUGGGAAUGUACUUGCUGGCCGGGUAUAUAUAAAUUGUCCAACAGUUGCACGUGAACUUAUGUAUAUGUAACCACUUUCCAGCUGUAAAUAAUUGUCUUAUUGUAUUUUUUAUAGUUUAUCACAUUGCUUAUAUACUUUGUUCUGAUAAACAUUUGAUGUUUUUGUAAGUUAUAUAUUAUUUAUACCAGUGUGUUUGUUUUGCUUUAUGGUGACAAUGUGCUUUCUCUUAUUCAAUCAAAACACAUACCUUUCCCUAGAAACACAUAUAAUAAUGUAACAGCAGUUGCUCCUUGCGGAUCCAGAGUGGGGUUAGGUAGGAGGUCAAGUCCACUACUACCACCUUUGGCUUUGGCUUGCAUAUUAAACUUCUCCCAACUUAGCGUUUAAAGCGAAAAUCUCGCAUAUCAACGAAAUAUUUGCUCAUGACUUCCCUCUGGAAAACGUGUAAAAUGUCAAACCAUGUCUUCAAUAUGCUUUAUCCCUUUUCGAAAAUGUGCGACUCUUCAUGGUCAAAAAGACCUGGAUCUGCGUUUAUUUUAAACAUAUUGUUUAUCAUUUUAAGACAUUUUUUUCAUAAUUGUUCUUUUUUAACUUUCGUUUUUAUUUGCUAUCCUGUAUAAAAUUCUUUAUUGUACAGAAUUGGGUCAGUUCAAGGAAGAUGAUUUCACAAUUGAGCUGGUUUUCUAUUUUUAGAACUUAUGCAAUAUUUCAGGUUAUACGUGUAUACGCAUGAGGAUAUGUUGCAUGUGUUUCUAAGUGUAUGUUUAUUAUUAUUAUUAUUAUUAUUUUGGAUAUAGUUGUUUAUAAUAAGAAUCUACUAUGACAUUGCUUAUUAUGAUUGUUAACAUCAUAAAUGUUUUACAUGUUGUUGGUGCAAUUCAAUGAAUCUAAUGUGGAAAUAAUACUGGAGCCUGUUUAAAUAAUAUUACAGUGCAAUGCAGUGCAGUGCUGUGAAGUACACUUGCGUUUUUUGCGUUUGUAUCUUCACGCAAAAUAACGCAAAAUAAUGCAAAAUAACGCAAAAUAACACACUUGUUUUUGAAUGUGUUUUAUUCUUUUGUUUUCCUUAAAGCCUCGUGCUUGAAAUACUGUACGCUCUGUAACGUCGGUUUUCAUUGGAUAAUAGUGCCGUUAUAUAUAUAUUAUCAAUAUUGAUAGCUACUGUAAAUUUAUCAUUUUUUAACUUCAAAUAAAUAAAAAAAAAAUGUCAGCUGUAUUAUACAUUUGUUACAAAUACUAAUAGAUGAUAAUUUUGACAGGUUAUAUGAUCUUUGAACAAUGCUAUUUAAGAAAUUUAUCAGGAACAUGGUAAGAUUAAGAAAGAACCUAUUGCGUGGCGUAAAUUCAAAUCAAUAAGGAGCAAGAAAAUUUAACACACAUUUUUUGUUACAGGUUGAUUUAAGGAACGGAUUUGAAUGGUGUGUUAAUAAUCUUAUAGCUUCUUUCACAAUCAAACUUAAAGCAGCACGCUUCCAAAAGCACUUACAACCCAUGUAAAUUUACCAUCAAGAGUUCAAAAUAUGCAAAAAUAGCUAGUAGUGAAAUGUAGUUAAAAAUUCAUUAAUAUCGCACAUAACAUGUAAAUUAAUACUAGAAUUUUGAGUCUUUACACUUUUCCUAAAAUAUUAGUACAUUUUUCUCAGGUAUGAUUUUAAAUAAAUUGUACUUGAACUUAACAGAACAAAACUGUUAUUUCAUCUUUUAUAAAAAUGUCAAUUUAUGAAAGUUGCGAUUUACUGAAUAUCUCUGUUAUUAUUAUUAUUUGAUUUUAUUAUUUGUUUGUGUGUUUAUCUGCAGGUCUUGUUUGAAACUGUUUUUGUUUUGAAAAUUAUAUCAUGUAUUGUCAUUGAUGCUUUGUUGUAUUGUGUUUGUUAAAUAAUUAUACAAAACCUUUUAAAUUCUAUUAAAGCUAUUAAUAUUCA